CCCGCGGCCCGCGCGCUCCAGGGCGGGGGAUGUUGUGAUGGAGAAGCCGCCGCGGAGCCGGAGCCCCGCAGCCUGAGCCACCUCCGCCACCUGGGCCUGGGGCCUCCCCGCGCAGGAUCUGCCAAGGCCAUGUCUGUUCCAUCGUCACUGAGCCAGUCGGCCAUUAAUGCCAACAGCCACGGAGGCCCCGCCCUGAGCCUACCCCUGCCCCUGCACGCUGCCCACAACCAGCUGCUCAACUCCAAGUUGCAGGCCACGGCUGUGGGACCCAAGGACCUGCGCAGUGCCAUGGGGGAGGGUGGUGGGCCUGAGCCAGGCCCUGCCAAUGCCAAAUGGCUAAAAGAGGGCCAGAACCAGCUCCGGCGGGCUGCCACGGCCCAUCGUGACCAGAACCGCAACGUGACCUUGACCCUGGCAGAGGAGGCCAGUCAGGAGCCUGAGAUGGCACCCUUGGGCCCCAAAGGCCUGAUGCACCUGUACUCUGAGUUGGAGCUCUCCACCCACAAUGCAGCCAACAGAGGGCUCCGAGGAUCUGGUCUGAUCAUCAGCACCCAAGAGCAGGGGCCAGAUGAAGGAGAGGAGAAGGCAGCAGGGGAGGCCGAGGAGGAUGAUGAGGAAGAGGAUGAGGAGGAGGAGGAGGAGGACUUGUCUUCUCCCCAAGGGCUGCCUGAGCCCCCGGAGAGUGCGGAGAUGCCCCCCAGACCCCAGGCCCUUGCCGACGGUCCCCGAGAGCACAGCAAGAGUGCCAGCCUCCUGUUUGGCAUGCGGAACAGUGCAGCCAGUGAUGAGGACUCAAGCUGGGCUACCUUAUCCCAGGGCAGCCCCUCCUAUGGCUCCCCGGAGGACACAGAUUCCUUCUGGAACCCCAACGCCUUCGAGACGGAUUCCGACCUGCCGGCUGGAUGGAUGAGGGUCCAGGAUACCUCAGGGACCUACUACUGGCACAUCCCAACAGGGACCACCCAGUGGGAGCCCCCGGGCCGGGCCUCUCCUUCACAGGGGAACAGCCCCCAAGAGGAGUCUCAGCUCACUUGGACAGGCUUUGCCCAUGGAGAAGGCUUUGAGGAUGGAGAAUUUUGGAAGGAUGAACCCAGUGAGGAGGCCCCUAUGGAUUUGGGGCUGAAGGACCCUGAGGAGGGGACAUUGUCCUUCCCAGCUCAGAGCCUCAGCCCAGAGCCAUUACCCCAAGAGGAGGAGAAGCUGCCUCCACGGAAUGCCAACCCAGGGAUCAAGUGUUUCGCCGUGCGCUCCCUAGGCUGGGUGGAGAUGACCGAGGAGGAGCUGGCCCCUGGACGCAGCAGUGUGGCAGUCAACAACUGCAUCCGUCAGCUUUCCUACCACAAAAACAAUCUGCACGACCCCAUGUCUGGGGGCUGGGGGGAGGGAAAGGACCUACUGCUACAGCUGGAGGACGAGACACUAAAGCUGGUGGAGCCACAGACUCAGGCCCUGCUGCAUGCCCAGCCCAUUGUCAGCAUUCGCGUGUGGGGCGUCGGGCGGGACAGUGGAAGGGACUUUGCCUACGUAGCUCGUGAUAAACUGACCCAGAUGCUCAAGUGCCACGUGUUUCGCUGUGAGGCACCUGCCAAGAACAUCGCCACCAGCCUGCAUGAGAUCUGCUCUAAGAUCAUGGCCGAACGGCGUAAUGCCCGCUGCUUGGUAAAUGGACUCUCCCUGGACCACUCUAAACUUGUGGAUGUCCCUUUCCAAGUGGAAUUCCCAGCACCCAAGAAUGAGUUGGUACAAAAGUUCCAAGUCUAUUACCUGGGGAACGUGCCUGUUGCUAAACCUGUUGCAGGGAAGGCUUCCGGGCGGGACUUGGAUGAACCCCAAAGGAUGAGUAUCGGGAGUUUCUCAGUCAAGAGGGAAAGGGUACUCCAAACCGAAGCUUUUCCACAGUUGCAGCCUGUGUCCCUCGAGGGCAUCCUCUUCUCUUACUCUGCAUUCCCCAUUUGCCUAGUAGGGCAUUUGCCAGGACUAGAUGUUAAUAAAUGCUACAUAAAUCAUUUGAAGCUCCGGGAGCAGUAAAAUAUGAGGCUUGACAGCUCAGAUGAGGCCAGUUUUUGGAGGACCUGCAUGCUUGGGAGAGGAGUUUGGCCUUGAUCCAGUCAGAGGUGAGAUGAGCAAGGCCAAGAUGAGGGAGGACUUUCGAGGAAGACAUUUGUCCUCUUCCUUGUCCUCUGCCCAAAGAGGGUCCAUGUAGUCUGCUCCUUUGGGAGCCCGGAGGCACUGAGAGGGGCAAGAGGGCCCAGGAGUGGCCCACAGGGCUGCAUGCCUCCACGUAGGCACUGCUUAUUCUAACCUUUUAGCUGCGAAGGUAAAGACCAGUAGAUCACACUGCCUGUUCAUGAGUAGUGCAGGGACCAGCACCCAUGCAGCACCAUGCUAUGUGCUUCUCCUGCCAUGGUUUUCUGCUGAGUGCAGGCAAAAGUGGGAUGCAGGAGUGAAGUGUUGAAUAACAGUUUGAGAUGGAGGAAACCACUGUGUUACAGAGGAAGUUGAUUGAUCUAAAAAACCAGGAAUCUUGCAUUACUUCCUUUGAGCACAUUAUAGAAAUUACUGAAUCCAACUAAGAUUUGACAUUCCUUCUACUUCUGAAAACUAGGAAUAUAAAGAAGGGAACUUUAAGCAUUAGUUUCCUUAUCUGUAAAAUGGUAAUAAAAGAACCAAUUGGGAGAUUGUCAUAGGUGUAAAUGCAAUUGUGCACUAUAAUGAUGUAGCACGGUGGGACACAAAAGUCAACUUACCUCAAGUGGAUACAAAACAAACCAAAGUUUGGGUCUUGGGAGAGGAGUGGCCUUUAGGGGCUGAUUUGAGAGUUGUAGUGUGACGUAGUUGAAUGUCUGAAUGUGGGUGAACACUGAGCCAAGAUGUGGGGAGGUCAGAGCUUUGGGGGAUCAGCUUAUUUAGGAGGCUGAAGGAAGAGUCAGAAUCAGGUGAAGAAAACCAAGCCUAGGAUUCAAUAUUGAAGAAACCAGAAAAGUGCUAAAUUACUGAAGCCAAGUAAGAGGGUACCAAGGAAGGGAUAUCUGUGCAGCAUUGUACAGGGCUGUAAACUGGUGAAAUGGGGAUGGAGCAAAGGACCUGGGGUAAACUCUCCCCACCCCUAGUGGUAUCAUGUUUGUGUCCAUAUC